UCUAGACGGAUUAUUUUGUAACAAAAUUAUUUAUUUUAGACGUUUUUACAAAUGUAAUGCAAUUAAAGUAAUUAGGGACCGUAAUAUGUUAGUGGAACAGCCGCAAGAGGUGAAGGAAGCGUCGGGGGACACCCAAGUAGAGAAAUGUAAGAGCCGGAGCCUAACCUACGCAAAAGGAGAUGUUGUAAUUCUUUACGAGAGCAAUGUAGAAGAAAAUGCAACGGACGUCACUCCAAAGCCCAGACCACCCAAUCAGUACGUUGAAACGAUAGUCUACGAAGAAGACAGCGAAUCAGAAUGUUCAGAGAUUAGCGAAUCUUACACGAAGGAAGAUCUCAACGAGUUAUGUUUGAUUAACAGCGAGGCGCUCGACUUUAUAAACAACAUACCUAGCGUCGAUACACCGCUGUGCCAUAAACAGAAUCAAAUGAAAAUCAAACCAUCAGGAUUCAUUGCCGACUUGACACAUCCAUUUGAAAGACCAUACUUUUUCAAUAGCUUCGGUUCCCUUUUGUCGACUUCGUUAAUGGAUAUAUUAUGCUCCAACCAGAAAAAUGACAAUUACGUAUGUUAUAUGGAUAACCUUAUAUCACAUGUGCAGUAUACUAUUGAAGAGCUGAAACGUAUAAGCAAUGGUGAAUAUCUGAGCGAGAGAACCAAGCGGAAGUGGAUAGAAAGUACGGAGGUAUUGUGUGCUAAAGCAGAAAGAAAUAAAUUUGAAAAGAAAAAAAGAGAGAAAACAGUCAAUAAUAAGAUAAUGUCCCAGCUUUUGAUCGUUCCAUAUGAAGAGCAUAAAGAUAUAAAAAUGCAUAAAGCGUUAAGCGACAUAAUAACUGGUAGAUCAGAAAUCAAUACAAAAGUUUUGAAUAACAUACUGCGGAAAAAAGUCGUUAUUGAUGUUCCGAAAGUAUUAAAAGAUCCUGUAGUUUCAAUCAAAGACCUUACAAUAGUCAAUUUCAUAAAAAAUGGUACAGAAAAUAAUUGCAUCCGCAGAGACAAAAUUUCUCACAAAAUUAUUACGUCAGAUCUCAGAUAUCCCAUUUUAACGUUAAGUUGCGGAAUCUUUAAUGUUUCAGUAUCAAUACAAAAUUUAAAUUUGCUCAAUAAUGAAAAAACAGAAACAAACAAUAAUUUACUUGCUAUAAAAUAUCAACCAAAUGAAAAUAACUUUAAAAAAGAAGAAAUUAAAGUUAUUGAAGAAAACUAUGAAUGCGAAGAAAAGCAAGAAAUAGGCAUAGAACAAAAUUGUGGGACUGACAUUCAAAAUUGCGACGAUAACCUUAUUGUCAAUGACGAUGACUCUUUUAAAUCAGAGCUUAAUUUUAUUGUCUGUAAAGAAAGCAUAGGAAGUUAUUUAGAAUCAAUAGCUACCCUAUCGUCAGACGUAAGCUUUCCUUCAACCGAUAAACGAGACGUAGAAAAUCAUUCAGCUACAUCUAUUUCUUUAGGUUGCUCUGUUCAACAAGUAAAUUCAAAACUAUAUUUAAAUAUCAAGACUGAUGGAAAUUUAAAAAUAAAAAAGAAGUCAUCGCCUACUAUUGUUAAAAUAAAAUCACCGUACGAAAAUAAUUCGCAUGAAUUAGAUGAAAAGAAGAGAAAAAGAUUACUGAAAAUCAGGGAGCGACGACAAAAAAUAAAAAAAAUUAAAGAAAAUGCAGGUCAAGCUUUAAACUCGGAAACCAAACUAAUACUUACUGGCAAAUCUUUUUCUUCCUUUGAAGAUAAGGAAAAUAAAAAGCGGUAUAAAAAGAGAAAAAAUAAAUUUACUGCCGUAAAACAUACAAAAAGUUAUAUGGAAAACAUGAAGCCGUUUUGUUCGGACUCGAGUAGUCCAAUCACCAUCAGGCAAUUUUCCCAAUUUAUGGAACCUUUAGUGAGCCCACAGGACUUCAAGAAUGAGAAAAAUAAUUCACAAAAGAUCACAAGUGAAGACAGUGCAAAUAAAGAAAACAAUUUUUUUACAAUUGAUUCCCAACAGGAAGAUGAGCUAGCAAAACUUGUUCGAAAUGAAUUAUACUCGCAAGCAGAAUAUAAUAAUCACAACAAAAAUAUAGCUGAUCUAUCAAAAUAUAAUCUAAACAAACCACCCGUUAAUACACCGAUCGAAAGUCUAUCCGAAUCUUCAAAAUCUUCGCUAUCAAAAGAGUGUAAAAAUAAUAUUGACAAACUGUAUACUUUUAUAAAAGAGCUAACGAAGAUAGAUAAUUCUGAUAACAAAGAAAUAGAAAAAAGAUUUACUACAAAUUGUACUGAAACUGUAAUUAUGCAAAAUAAUAUUGAGUCUAUCUCGGCGAUCGGUGAUGGUCAUAAACUAAACACAACAGAAGAAACAUCAACAACUCAACAUAGCCAUUACAAUUUAGAAAAAAUACCUUGGAGACAAUCAACUAACAAUAACAAAAGAAAAAUAGAAAUAGUCGCUCAUAUGCCAAAAGUUUCUUUACCGCCCAAAAAACAGACAGAAAAAUAUGAUAAAUCCGUUCGAAAUCCUCGAAAAAAUGACGAUCAGCAGCCAAAAGAUACUUUAAAAGCUAUUUCAGAACUCUUAUAUAAGAUUGAUUAUGUAAAAGGAAUGAAUCUCAAAACUGACAAAGUUACAAACGUCCCGAAUAAUACAUGUGAAACUGUAAGGCAAACUAAAAAAAAUACCCGUGAAACAGUAAAGGAGAGCAGAAGGAAGGUGCCAGCUUUAUCUUCUUCUAAAAUAGUAAAAUCAGAAGAUGUGAUGAAAGAAAAUAAUAACAUUUGCAAAGGAAACAUGUCUACAGUGAAGACUCAAACUACUGAAAAACUACAACCAAAACAACCAGAAAUUAAAAAAAAAGAGAAUGACCAAAAUAUUACAGAAAGUACCGAAGCAAAAGAAUCAAGUAAGGAGAGAGUACUUUGGCGUCCCAGGUUGGAUGCCCUAGCGCAGCCCAAAAAGACGCAUUUUGCUUUAAAUAAUAAAGGAGUCAAGAUACCCAAUACGACGCUAUCUGCUACUACUAGGCCUCAAAGAAACGCGUCGCUGAUACCACAAAGAAUUAAAAAUAUAAUAUCGCAAAAUAAAACACCACCACCACUUUCAAACUCUACUCUUGUAAAAGCAAGCCCAAGAACACAAGAAGAAGCAGAAUCCAAAUCACCACUCAGCAAUAGUUUCGAAAGAAAACGUCUUAAAUCUGAAAAUAAGUUGCAGAUCAAAAUUAAUAAUGAUCUUAACGCUUCAGGUUCCUUGAAGAAAAAUAUAGCGGAAAUUAAAAAUCGUGUCAAAUUCAAUUUGGAACCACAUUCACGAAAGCGUAAAGAGUUUAAAAAGUUACAGAAACCUACUAUUUCGGUGAUAAAAGAACAAGAUAAUUCCGGUGAUAUAAAUACUAUUCCAGAAUCUAAGAAAGAGGAUACUGAUCAAAGCAAACUUACAAUUGAAGCAAAUGAAUCAGUUGAUGUUAAUGUUCAAAAACCUCUAUUAGCCAACAACGAAGAUAAUGAAGUUUUAAGUCCGCUCAAAUCGACAAACGUUAUUUCAACGCAUUUGAAUCAGUCAAAAUCAGAUGAAAUCGUAUAUGGAUCUGAUUAUAAAAUAGAUGUAUUUGAAGAUGGAAACAUUAGUACAGCCGUAGCGAAUAUUUUCACUCGAAAUAUUACUGUCGCCAAUUCAAGAAUUUUUCACAAAAAACAUAACUUCCUCAAAUCACAGGGACAUAAUUCAUGUUCUCUUACUAGACUAGAGAAGAGACCGGGCCCGGUAAAUAGUCAAACUAUUAUUGACCAGACAGUGUUAAAAACAUUGUCUCCGAAUCGUUCAUUUCAACAAAUGUUUGUCCUACAAUCUGGAGAUACUGGCUCUCUGAUGCUUAAGUCUUCAUUGUCACAAGACAUAAAAACAUUGGACAUCGUACCUAAACUCUCUUUUCAAACCUUUACGAAAAGCAGCAUUGAUUGGACCCCACAAACGCUUUCAUUGCAUUACUUUCCUGCGAUGCAUUCUAUAAAAUAUUGCAAAUCUGGCAAAACGUUAAAUAAAUAUGCCCCUGAUACUUGCCAUAAAUCGAUAUGCAAAGGUUUCUUGACAAAAACUAGCGUUGAUAUUUUUCAUGACGUUGGUAAAGUAUCAAAUGAAAACCACGAAGAACCGAUAUCAGAAAACAUGAUACAGAGUAGGACAGAUUCGGUUUUGAAUGAUAUUUCUAAUGUCUCUCAGUUACAAAUAAUAAAUUCGAUUGAAAAUAGUGUAGACAAUACUGAUAGCGUUUUUACUUCUCUAUCCUGUGAUAGAAGCACAUCUAUGGAUAUUCUAGUGGAAUUGAUAAACGAAAUUAAAACUAUAUCAACAUAUCAUGCAAACAUUAGUCUUGAACAAAUCCUGAAACAAGCAACGGGAGAUAGAUUAAAGAACGAUGACAACAAAAUAUUAUCCGAAUUGGGUCUACUGAAAAAGUGCGAAUCCCAACCGAGUAUCCAUUCCUAUUUUGUUAAUGAUGAAUUUGAUGCUAAUGAGAAUAAACUCAUCCACGCUGAUAAAAACACAACAAAUGGAAGUAUGAAUUCUGGAAAAACUGAAGAUAAAGAAGUAUCAGCCUGGAUAAAAGAACAAGAAGAAACUGUAAAGCGUUGUACUGAUGUGCCGUCUCGACUUUUACCCGUAACCAUCACUGACAAUAGUGUUUCUGUGUCUACUUCAUCAACAUUCCUAAAUAAAGCAGUUGAGGCUUCAACUGCUACAGAAGUCAUACAUUCUGUUAAGAAAAUAAGACCAAAUUCGACUAAAAAUGUUAAUUGGGAUAGCACUAGAACAGCUUUUGUAGAUCAACAUCUGAAACUGAAGCGAGAUAUUUUAAUGUCUGUCUACUUCAUUUUGGUAUUGACCGUAUUCGUCGCAUUGACGUUCCCAGAUAUUCAAGCCCGCUUUUAACUAUUCAAAAUUGUUGAUUAUCUUAUCUUGUACAUGUUUUAUUUAUUACUAUA